AAACAGCAGCUAUCACGAUUUAUUGUUGCACUUAUAGAUGAGAUUUGCUUGGUGUCACGCAAUGUAUUUGAAAAUAAUAUUGGUAUCUGUUGUAAUCGGAGUUGCUGCUGGUUUAGGUGACGAGAAGAGCGUUGCUAAUUCCUGCCGGAAAGUAAACAGAGGAAAAGGUUACUUCUUUGGAAAAACUAACAUAUUGAAAGAUACUAAUACUCACACCGGAACUAAAUUACAGGCAAUCUCUUCAGAAAAGAACGAGUUUUCUUCUUCGAGGGGUUCUAGAAGAAAUAAAACUUGCGUCACACAAAAAAGACUUCUUCAAGCUAUUAUUGUUGACUUCCAGUCGGAUGAUAUCCUGCCAUUGCCAAAUCUUGUUGUUGAAAACAUCAACACUCGAUUUGUUAAUAGAUACUGUUUCGUUCGUGCCAAAGACGAAACUACUUUGUCACGACUGAUUGUCUUCUUAGGUGUUCUGAAAUACUACAAGCCAGAUAAGUACAUGACACUGUCAAACGUCAGAUUUAGUUUGGAAAUAAAUAGAGAUAUAAUAGCUAUGAAAGCAAGUGGAGUGUACAACCUCUGUGGCACAAGAUUUCUUUAUAGAAUUACGCCAGAAAAUAAGAAUAUUGCUGUCAUGCAUGCUGUAUCAGACGAACAAAUUACAAUGGAAAACAUUGAAAUCUCGCAUCCUUUAAACGAAUUUCCAUUAAAAAAGUAUGGCAUUGUGGAAAAUAUACUAACAAAUAAAUUUAAAGUCAUCACAACAUUAUUUAUAAAAGAACCUAUUUGGAGUGUUAUAUGGACCAGAGGAAACAGAUUAUCUGCCUUUAAAGGACAAGGUUCUGUACAGUUUGACAAUGAAUCUAAGGAUAUACAUCUGGAGCUAAUGAUUGAUGCAGAUAUUAAAUUCUGGCUGAUGCGGAUAAGUUUGCGUCUAAGUAUAUUUGAAAUAAUGAAUAUCACAAAACAUGCAUUUCCUUUAUUGAAAACAAUACCACUUUUAAAAGAUGGAUGGGAGCAACAAGUUGAAGUAUCAGAGGUUGAAGUUGUAACAGCAACUGAUCAAGUUAUCAUACCUGCGACAAAGUAUUUACUUCAAAGUUAUGUGUUAGCAAAAUACUAUGUUGACGGAAAAAUUCAACACGGAUUCUCCUUAAACUUUAAAGGAACUACUCGUAAACUAAUAAAUGGAAAAUCAAAAAUACCGUUAGUUAAUGGGGAAACAAAGUUUGAAGCCAUGAUUGACAUUCUUGAUAACUCAGUGACGCAGUUUGAAAUAAACUUUAAGCAUCCAUCACUUUGUCCUACAAACAAUGAAGGAAGACAGGAAUGGCAAGAGAUUAAAAAAAUGUUUCACAUGCAGAAGGCGAUUUCCAAAAAUCAAAACAGUCGAGUGGCAACGAAAAUGUCAAAGUGUCUGUACUGUUGCAAUACAAAUUCUGAAACAUUGGUAUCGUUAAAAGGACAAUUUUAUCAGGAAAGUGUUAAAAGCAAAUAUGCAAAAUAUGGAAUUGAGCCAGAAAUUCACUACUUUUACGAUCUUGAUACAUAUGUAUCAAAAAGGGAAGAAUUACGAAAUUAUCGUCUGCGGAGGGUACCAUUGAAAAUAAUGAAAUAACCUUAAAGAAGUAUGGAAAAACAAACGAUUUCUGAUAUCAGUGUCUGAUAAGUUUUCAACAAGCACUAAGUAAUGUAAAUUUAUUUUAAAACUGUAAUUAUCUAAGCAACAAUGUACAAAUAGGCAAUAACCAAGCAGUAAGAAGCAACAUAUUUGUAGAUUAUGGACAUGAUGUCCUUUGUUGUUGUAAAUACAUGUAUUUGACGGAGAA